AUGAUGGAUAGAAUUAUGAAGGUAUUGCCCCAAGAUGUGGUCAUAUAUAUAUUUCUAAUGCUCCCAGUGAAGUCUUUAUUGCGAUUCAAAUGUACAUGUAAAACGUUUUGCAAUAUCAUAAACUCAUCAACUUUCAUUCAUCUUCACCUCCAUUGUUCAAAUGAUGAAUUGAUUCUCUUCAAGCAUUCGAUUAAACAAGAAGAAGACGACCUUUUUAAAAAUAUAUUGUCUUUCCUUUCAAGUGAAGAAAAUUGUUUUGAUUUUAAGGCCGUUUCUCCAGAUUUUGAUGUUCCAGAAGUGACCACCACAAGUGCUUGUGUUUUUGUUCAAGUCAUUGGUCCUUGCAAUGGUUUAAUUGCUAUAACAGAUUCCUUCGCUACUAUCUUGUUUAAUCCAACAACUAGACAUUACCGAUCAAUACCGGCUUGUCCUUUUGGUAUUCCAAAGCGUUACAGACGUUCCAUUAGUGGUAUUGGGUUUGGCUAUGAUUCCAUUCAAAAUGAUUACAAAUUUAUUAGGAUAUCAGAAGUUUACGAGGAUUAUAUGGAUAAAGAUAUGAAAGUUGAUAUUUUUGACUUGUCCACUGAUUGUUGGAGAGAACUGAAUGGUCAACAAGUACCUCUGGUGUUCUGGACGUCUUGUUCAGAAAUACUUUACAACAAUGCGUGUCAUUGGUUUGCUUCUACAGACGAUACAAUUAUUCUUUGUUUUGAAAUGAACACUGAAGAGUUUUAUCAUCUGCAAUUGCCGGAAUCAUGUCAUUGGUAUGAUGGCAAGAGUGAUGGCCUUAUCAUUGUGAAUAACUGUCUUAGUUAUAUUCGUUACCCUGAUCCAUUGUCAGAUCGUCCAGCUGAAGUAUUGAUUGAUAUAUGGAUAAUGAAAGAGUACAAUAAAAGAGAAUCUUGGAUAAAGAGAUGUUCAAUUGGACCUAUAACUAUUGAUACACCAUUAGCAGUAUUGAAGGGUGAUUUAUUGCUUCUUCAAACAAAAAAUGGAGAUGUGAUUGGCUAUGAUCUUAACUCUCAUGAAAUCAGGGAUCUUAAUUUAUAUGGUUAUCCCAGAAGUUGGAGGGUUGUAAUUUACAAGGAAAGCUUAACCCCAAUUCCAAGAGAAGGAGACACUAUUCUUGUUAAACAAUUUUAG